UUUAACACGUACUUCAAACCCACCCACAUACACUCAUUUAACCAGCAGCGGAGCCGACAAACGCCUCCUGCAUCUACACCUCACAACAACAGCAGUUUUGCGUCCUACUUUUGAGGGACCAUAUCUGGAACGAAAACUAUUCGAAGGAAAUACUUGUGGACUUUGACGAGAGAGUAAAGGAUCUAGUUUUUGUUUUGCUAUAUACACAUAUAUUUUAAAUCAACCCUAUUCUUACACCACUAAGACAUAUUGAUAGGGUGAAAUGGAGAGGAUUACCAGUGCUCAGCCUCCACCAUGUAUGGCCAAACACAGUAUGGAUAUCUCUGACAUGGAAAGAAUGGACUAUCCGAUGUAUAUGUGUAAACCCCGGCGGGGAAUGAAGCGCAGUGAGGACAGUAAGGAUACGUACAAAUUGCCUCAUCGGUUGAUCGAGAAGAAAAGGAGGGACCGAAUAAACGAAUGCAUCGCGCAGUUGAAGGAUUUGCUGCCCGAACACCUUAAACUCACUACUCUGGGACACUUGGAGAAGGCGGUUGUGUUGGAGCUCACGCUCAAGCAUGUGAAAGCUCUUAACAACCUGCUGGAGCAGCAGCAACAGAAGAUAAUUUCCUUGCAGAACGGAAUGCAAAUCGGUGAACAGGGCAAUGGGCACUUAGAAACCAGUGAGGAGAUGUUCCGUUCCGGGUUCCACUUGUGCGCCAAGGAGGUUCUUCAGUUCCUGGCCAACCAGGAGACCAUGCGCGACCUGACACCUGCUCACAUAAUCGACCACCUUCAAAAAGUGGCGUCUGAGUUCAUUCAGAGCCCGCCGAGCCCUCGUCUGGACGAGCCCGCUCCCAAACCCCAAGAAAGCAGGGAGAAACCGGCAGGCCUGCAGCCCAAAGCAGCAGAGGGCCACGCUAAAAACUGCGUUCCCGUCAUUCAAAGGACUUAUCCCCACUGCAGCGAGCAGAGCGGGAGUGAUACGGAUACCGACAGUGGCUACGGAGGCGAGCUCGAGAAGCGUGACCCGAAGGCCCAGCUGUCGGCCUACUAUGGCAAAGACACUGGGGAUCUCAAGUAUGGCGGCAGCAUUAAAGAGGAGAUGGAUGAGCCACAGGCCAAGCGGCAGAGGUCCGACUCUUCGGAAGACGAGUCUCUGUCAGGGCAUGAAAUAGUGGGCGGCCACAGCCCCUACAUGAGCUUUUCUCCACACCAACCCCUGUGCAUGCCCUUCUACCUCUUCCCAUCUGGUGCAGCAUACCUGCCCAUGCUGGAGAAGUGUUGGUACCCGGGUGCCAUGCCUGUGUUGUACCCAGGCCUCAGCGGGUCCCCAGCGGGCAUGUCUCCAGAAAAACUCCCUUCAUCCUUGGCCAUGUCCUCAAGAGUGAGCUCCCCCGCCAGCCCUCCGACCUCCAUGGACUCUCCUGCACUCCUGCAGGCCCUGAAACAAGUUCCCCCGUUAAACCUGGAAACCAAAGACUGAGGACUCGCUCUGGGGUCCGCCAACAGCCCGCUCUCUGAAUGUUUUGGUCUCGAGAGUGGACUUCCCUGCUGAAUAAGCUCCCGAAGAGGGUUCUGUUGAAGAGGGCGCAACGACAAAAGUUCAAAGCGCCCUCAAACACGGCAAACAGCUGUUCUGAUUCCUCUCAGAAGUACGACGGCCUCCCUCCAACCGCAGAGACACACACACACAUACACACUCGCACACUCUUAUCAGCUCCCUCAACAGCCAGCAGACACACACCCAGACAUGGAACGGUCCACGUGGAGGCAGACGGGUAAAGGAGGUCCCGUGCAAAGCACUGUGAGACACUGUGAAGAAGGUCAAAGCAAGGACAGUGAGCACUGUCCUUCCAGAAAUAGGACCUGGGGCGGGCGAACGGCUGCACUCUGCACUUAUGCCGAAUGUUUAAGUCGAAAACAAUAACCCAGAAUGUGACGUGCAGACGGUCCCCCAACCAUAAAGACUUUGCCCUUUGCACAAGCACCUUUUCAUUUGUUGAAUGUAAACAAAAAGUCAUUUUUUUAAUAAAACAUCACCCCUGUAGAUGCUGCUUUUUUUGGACAUUUCUCUGUGCCGUGGACGCUUGAUCAGGAAGCUCCACUCUCUUCUGCUUCUGUGACUGCUUUAACCGACAAGAACCGUCCUUUUAGACUAGAAUGCUACCAAAUAAAUGUCUUUGCUUUGGCUGAGAGGAGCACAGGCGCGUGCACGCUUCCCAUCUUCUUGCAUAAACGAGGACGCCAUCGACUCCCGAGACGUGACGCUCGUGUAAAUACGGGAGUGAUGUAACCAUGGCUCCGCUGUAGCUUUUGAGUUUGUCAUCCAUUCGUGCACGUAGGUGAAGUUGUUGUGAGGUUCUGCGUCCUGUAAUUAUUUUGUUUAUACUACUUGUACAUCUGUAUUUUUGAUACGUGACCCACACAUUUAUGUUUUAGACAGCCGAGUGCUGUAUGCCAUGAGAUUGUGUACAUAGCUUGUUGGACCUAGACUCGAUCUGCAUCAUGUUCUGUGUUCAUUUCUGGUCAAAUUAGGACAGAUCUUUAUUCAUGCUGUUGCCUUUACCUGUUUAAAGCAGUAAACAUGAUGGCGGAUAUCUACAUUUUUAAUCCUGGAUUCAACAUAGAAGCAAAAGGAAGUGAAUGUAAUGUUUAAAACAAUAUAUUAGUUUUGUAUAGGAAGAGGUACUUACUUUUUAUUUUGGGACCUAAGAAAAGGUUGUUUGAUGUAUAUAUUUUGUCUAAAGUAUUGUUGACAUACAGUAAAGAAAAAGUAUUAAUAAAGGUUUUUUUUCCUGUGGAAA